UGACAGCACGGACUAACCCUGAUGCGCGUGAACAGCAGCUCACAGCUUCGAUCGAGUGCAUGUUACAUUUGUAUAAUGCACUUUACGUCCUUUUUUACUACAAGUGCCUAAAUCAAGACACUGGGUAAUAUGAAGGUAUUAUCAGUCAUAAAAUGCGCACAGGGAAUGCAAUUUCCUUCAGAAGUAAACCAGCGCAGACAAGUCUCCGUUUGAGGAACUUGAUUCACCCUGGAGUGUUGAUAUCAUCUUGAAGCUGGACGAUGCGCCCGGAACUUUACAGAUAGGUCAAUGUUAUGAAUUGACAUUAUGCCUUCAUUACAUCAUGGCGCUAUUUUUAUUGGAGUAUUUUUAAUAGUCACCGGUGGCUCCACCGCUUUUCUAACUACUAGUCAAAGUCGACUCCAGGCGUUCAGCAUGUGCUGUGUGGUGCUCGGGGCGGUGAUGCUCAUACUAGGGCUCUUCUGGGCGAUGAACGGCAAGAGAAACCCGGUGCCUUAUAAUGAAGAGUACAGCCACGACUACAGUCAAGUUCUGUUUACCCCACCGCCCGGAAACCACUUCCCCGAAUCCCAGUCCGUCUUUCUGCACGGAACUUUGCAAAGACGAGGCGUAUAUGGUGAAGAUUUGGACUAUCCCCCGAUGGAGCCAACCUGUUUCAGCCCUACCAGUCGGGGUCGGCCACCUCACUGGGACAUGGAACCUCCUCCGCCUUAUGAGGUGGCCAUCAAAACCACCAGGAGCUCUACGCACCUGAGACGCAGCUACUCAGACACACAGCUGCUCACUGAACCUCUCUUUGGACGCUCACGGGAGAUCAGUUUCGAAGUGUGACAUCUGAGCCGCGAUCAUCUCUUGAGACCCACCCUAAAGUAUUCUCAAAGUGUUGAUGAAGCUACAAAACAGGCUUUGACAAUCCACAGCUCGUCGAGGGGGUGUUUUGUGCCUCUUGAGAUGGUUUUCAUCUUAACCAUGUGUUUACAGCCUUAAUCAGAAGGAAAUGUAGAAUAUUAUGCUUUUUCUCAAAUAAAAUGCAUUAUAAAUG